UUUUAAGUCAAUUUCAGAAAUGUUUUGUUUUUUAUGUAUCGGUUAUUAUUCUAUAAAAUGUUUUAUUAUUUGAUAAAACAAUUAAGUUCAAUACGAAGUAAUGAUGUCAAUAAAUGUGUACAACGCGCUAUAUAUAAAUACGUUGGUGUCGUAAUGUCGUAAGUCGAGCAGUAUUUAUUAUACGUUUAUAUAAUAUUCCAACUGACUGUAUUAUUAUAACGUACAUGUGCAUAUAUCUAUAUUAUUUGCGUAAAAAUAUCUUAAAGGAAGGUAUUAUAGGUAUACACGUCGCGGCGGAACGUCUGCAGCCAUCAUCAAACGUAGCUGACGUCGAAAUAUCGUGUUACAGGUACGAUCGAAGGAGUUAAAAAGCAUAUUAAAAAACUAUCUAUCGAAUCGAACUGAACGGUACAUUAUUAUUAUUAUUAUAGUAUAAUAUAAAUUAAAAUAUUAUGUAUGAAUGCGCGUGUAUUAUAGUUGUUGCGGUUUAUUGUACGAAACAGUCGCGCGCGCGCGCGUACAUGAGUGUGUAUGAGUGUGUGCGAGUGAGUGUAACUGUAUAAGUGUGUGUGGGUGUGUAAACAUGUACGUAUGUGUUCGUGUGUGUGUGUCGAGCGAUUGAUUAUGAAUGCGUUCGGUUCGGAAAAGAGCGCCAAUCGCAGUGCCGGGAAGUGGACACCAGUUGUGGGUGACGUAAGUCGGCGACAUCCGAGGACAAGUUGCGGCGUCCCUUCUGCGGUCAACCCCCAUCACAUGGCAUUAAUCGCCAUCGUGUCGAGGGUCGUCAUCGCCACCGCCGCCAGUGGAGUCGAAACCAGUGUCUCACGAGCACACAGACAUCACUGGUUCGGCCGCUGCACCGCGUUCGCUGCGACCGCCGUGUAUUAUAUUAUAAGUAAUGUCUUGUUAAAAUUGCCGGCGAUUUAAUUAAGUGUUUUCGAGUCUCAUCGUUCGUCACCAGUUUGUUUUCUUUCUCUCGUCAAUACAAAUCAUACAGUCGCGUUAUUUAUAUCACGUGCGAUCGUAUCACACGCAGUUUAAUUAUAAUUAUUAUUUAAUUAUUAUACACCGUUUGUUUUUACUGAAUUUGUGACGGAAUAACAUCGCGGAUACGACGGACAAUAUUUAUGGUGUAUAUCCCCGAUGGUGCCCGUCGUUAUUUCGGCCGUCGUGCUUAGUCGCCAGCAGCAUCACCAACAGCGAUGAGCACGGGUGUCUGCCGAUGUCCACCAAAUGGAUGAUGUCGUUUUUGAAGCCGACGCGGAAUUCGGUUUUUUGGGUAUAACGAAGCAAUGAUGACUUGACGCCAAAAAACGUCUACGGAAGACGCCGAUCUGUUGCAGUCCGCACAGUUGGACCCGGCCGCCGUUCCCACAGGGGAGGAGACGGUAUGGCCGGGGGUUGAGUGGGCGUCAGUGAGGAGUUCGAUGGAUUGGUGCGCAGGUGGCGAAGAUCUGCUGGGCGACCCUACGCUGCUGGUGGCUGCGGGGAUGCUGCACGGGCCAACGCAAUUCUGCACAGACACUUGCUGUACGCCCGGACUAGAGCAGCCCAACGAGCAAACAGUUCAGUUCCAGCAACCGGCAAUCGUUACAGUCGGCGGUUCAUACAGCAAACCGUGUGGAGACAUGGCCGAUGUAUUAAUGUCUCUCAAACACACCGUGCCAACUCCACAAUCCUCAGUAGACGAACAACAUCAUCAGCAUGACCAGGCGUAUGGACUGUCUGCCAAUCACAACGACGAUUCACAACCGCUGGUCGACUAUGGCGGUUCGUCGUAUGGCGAUCAGACGUGCUGGACCACGCUCGGAGCCGGCCACCAGCAGCAACAGGUCCAACAACACCAAUUCCCCAGCAUGAGCGUGAACGUCAGCAUGAACAUGACUAUGCACGGGUACGCUCCGAUACACGGAGACACUCAGUUCGGAUGUCAACCGGUCGGGUGGACUCUGCCGGCAUCACCGUCGCCAGUGCACCAUCACCACCACCACCAUCACGGCUCCGUGCACCACCAAGGUCUGUUGAGUCCAUUGGUGUCUAUGGGUACCGGCGGUUACCAGUCGGGUGCCACGUAUUCGUUCACCGCCGAUUUCCGGCCACAGGACCCGAUAUCAUCACAACUACCACCGCCGCCGUUCGCGUGCAACAUACAACCGGCUGCCCCGGCGCAGUCCUCGUCAUCAUCUGCGGCGAUAAUUGACGACGAUUGCAAGGACUUGAAACCAUGCGCAGAAAUCCUGAUGUCGGUAAGCGGCUGCGGCAUGGGCGGCGUCGAGUGUUCUCCGGUCGGGUCAGCGACCAUCGGCGAGGAUGGCUGUCGGCCGAACAUGUGCCGGAUAUGCGGCAAGACGUACGCCCGUCCCAGCACGCUCAAGACCCACCUGCGCACGCACUCUGGUGAAAAACCGUACCGGUGCGACGAUUGCAACAAGUCGUUCAGCCAGGCGGCGAACCUGACGGCGCACGUACGUACACACUCCGGCGAAAAGCCGUUCCGGUGCCAAAUAUGCGAUCGGCGGUUCUCGCAGUCGUCGUCGGUUACGACCCACAUGCGCACCCACUCGGGCGAGCGGCCGUACCGGUGCCGAUUGUGCAAGAAAGCGUUCAGCGACUCGUCCACGCUCACCAAACACCUGCGGAUACAUUCGGGCGAAAAACCAUACCAGUGCAAGCUGUGCCUACUCCGGUUCUCGCAGUCCGGAAAUUUGAACAGGCACAUGCGCGUCCACAGCGGCAUGAACGGCGCCGAUAUUUUGUUGCCUGUAUAACGGUGCAGGCGGACAGCCAGUACCGCCGCCAUCAAAGUCAUCACCAUUGCCAUUACCCCGCCGUCGUGACUGUUGUUGGCAAAAAUCGACCCCUUUCCUUCCCCGAAAACGACACCGCCGCGGAUGGCCAAAAAUAAAACCAACUUCGGCGCACGACGUUCACGGCCGCAAAAAAAUCGCACGGCAAACGUUGGACGACGAAGAUACGCGGUGCUGCGAGUACUCCUCCGCUCGGCGGAGUCGCGGUUCGAUUCGCGUUUCGUCCGUACAAGAGAGAUUUAUUCUGCACACACACACACACACACACACACACACACACACAACACGGGUACCGGUACUGCUGCAGUCGUAUAUAUGCAAUGGCGAAUACAUCAUCAUCACGCACACAUGUCAUUGUCGUGUACGUCGUCGACUUGCGCGGAGUCAAUGUUUUUCCAUCGAUUGCCUGGCACCACGAUAUUAUUACGUUUUCCAUUCGAAUCUCGUUUGCGUGUAAGUAUUUUGUAAUGUUUUCGAAAACCGAUACAACAUGUCGUACACGGCGGAUAUUACGGUUUACGCGUACGCAUCGAGUACAAUCAAUGUAUAGGUAAACCGACCACGAGCAAAUAUAACGUAAAGGUACGAUGUCGUUUUCGAUUGCGCGUUGAAAACAAUAUAUUAUAUAACACCAAUAUAUACUGUUCCCGUUAUGUUUUUUGUUACUCGUUAUAAUUUGUAUCAUCAUUUUAGUUAAAUUUAUUAUGUUGUAGAGGUUUUCGUGUUUUUCCCCGAUGACCGAUGAUCUGCUGCGCGCAUUGCAGUCUUUUUUUUAUAUUUAUGUAUAGUUUUCGUUCUUCCUAGACGACAACUGAUUUUUAGCACAAUAUUAAUAUAUUAUACAGACGACAUGAAUCAUCCCACACCCACAUCGACGCGUGCACGCUACUGAAAUGAACAUGAUAACGAUUAAAACGACGACUUGAAAAAAGUCGUGAUUACACUUCACGGAGUGUUCGCCUAUAAAUAUAAUAUAUAUGUGUAGGUAGUAACGUGAAUUAAAUCGUCUCAUUUGUUUAUUUAGAAUUUAUACAUAAUUUAACCAGCAUAUCCGCAACAACUAUUUGUGCCAUUCGUAAUUUUAUGAAAUCAAUUUCCCACACUAUAAUUUAAUCCGUUCCUACUCUGACGUACUUAUUUAAAUUUAUUCAAUUACAAUAAAAUUUAAGAAUUUAACAGUAAAUAGUAUAUACCCAAAGUCCCAAACUCGAAAUUCAAAAUCAAAUCAAUUGUAGUUAAUAUAUAUAUAUUUUUUUUUUUUAGUUGCACCAAACUAAUAUAAUUAUUUAGAUACCUUGAAUACCUACAUAAUACAAUACAAUUUAUUUUUGAGCAUAACUUAUGUUAUUGCAGUACUGCAAUAGUAUGUUCAAAACAUCAUUUAUGAAACUACCUAAAAAAAUAAAUUAUUGACGAUUUGUGAAAAUGAAAUUCCGCGACAAAUAAUUAAUAUUAUCUCCGAUUUUUUUUUUAUUUCAUAAUGUGAUAAAUAUUAAGAUUUUGUUGAUUAAUAUAAACAUCACUUAGUGUUAAAAUUGUUUUCUUAAAUAGAUAACUGCAUUACAUAAAAUAGAAUGUAUUAUAUUGCUCUCAACUCCCUCGUUCAUAUUAUAUUUUGUUUGGAUUAGUUAAGUCUUUUGUCGUCGUAUAUGCCUAUGUAAUAUUGACAACGACGAAAAAAUUAAAAUGUUCAUAAUUAAGUAUUAACCAAAUUUUAGUUAUCUAUUAAUUUAUAAGUUAAAAAC